AUGGGUCAGUUUAACAAGGCUCAAGCACUUUAUGAGGUUUUACUUCAUCAAGCAACGAAUGAAAGUGGUAAGACACUUAUUUAUGACCAACUAGGUCAGAUCAAAUUCAACCAAGGACAAUAUCCAGAAGCACUUAGAAAUUAUGAAGAAUCACUUGCUAUUUAUCAAAAAACACUUCCUUCCAAUCAUCUUAAUUUGGCUAACACCCAUAACAACAUUGGCAGUGUGUAUCACAAGAUGGGUGAUUAUCCAAAAGCACUUUCAUCUAAUGAAAAAGCCAUUGUAAUUCGACUACAAUUACUUCCUUCCAAUCAUCCUGAUUUGGCUAUGUCUUAUAACAACAUCGGUAGUGUGUAUUACAGCAUGGGUGAUUACUCAAAAGCACUUUUUUAUUAUGAGAAAGAUCUUACAAUUGGGCAGAAAUCACUUUCUUCCAAUCAUCCUCAUUUGGCUUUAUCCUAUAUGGGUAUCAGUAUUGUGUAUAACAGCAUAGGUGAUUAUCUAAAAGCACUUUCAUCUCAUGAAAAAGCCCUUGCAAUUCGACAACAAUCACUUCCUUCCAAUCAUUCUAAGUUGUGUAGUUCCUAUAAUAACAUGGGUUUAGUAUAUGAGGACAUGGGCAACUACUCAAAAGCUCAUUCAUUUUAUGAACGUGCUGUACAAAUUGCACAACAAUCAUUACCAGUAAAUCAUCCUGAUCUUCAGAUAUAUAGAAAAAACCUCGAACGCAUAAACAUGAGAUUAUAA